UCGGGCGCUGCCGACAGUUUGGUUGGGAGCUGCGACGGGGCACCACACGUGGAGGCAAUGGCGGCGGCAGACGUGGACUUGGGGCAGGUACGGAAGGCUGUUAUUGCAUUGAAUGAAUAUGUGAAGAAAGGCAAAAAGGACACAAAGCUAUUUCUGAAUGAAGAUGAAACUAUAAUGUUAAAUGUCACUGUGUGGAAGAUUCCAAAACGGGAACAAAUAUUAAAAAUAACUCUGCCUCAUGAAAUUAGAGUGGAGACAAAAGAAGUUUGUCUCUUCACCAAAGAUGAACCAAACAUGAAUACUGAUCAGACUCAGAAAUACUAUAAAAACCUUCUCAACAAGCAUGGCGUUAAGAGCAUAACACAGAUCAUUCCAUAUAAGGCAUUGAAGACUGAAUACAAACCAUUUGAAGCAAAGCGUCGCCUGUUGAGCAGAUUUGAUCUGUUCCUCGCUGAUGAUCGAAUCAGGCGGCUUUUACCUUCGCACUUGGGGAAGCAUUUUUAUAAGGCUAAAAAAGCACCUCUGUCAGUGAAACUGUCUUCAAAGAAUCUUGCAAAAGAACUGAAUAAAAUAAUCCAGGGUACAAUCCUUCCAAUCAGCAACAAGGGCAGCUGUUAUGCUUCCCAGGUAGCUCACACUGGGAUGAAACUGGAGGAAGUCGUGGAAAAUGUUACAGCAGUUAUCAGCACUAUUGAAGUCAAGUUACCCCAGCAAUGGAAAAAUGUGAAAAUUCUUCAUCUGAAAACCACAAAUUCUCCUGCACUUCCUAUAUAUACAUCUAAUAUGUAUCACCUUAAAGAACUGCAAAAGAAGGAUCCCAAGAAACACAAACAAAUAAAGAAACAGAAGAAAACAGCAAAAGUGAAGAACUUGGAAGCUCCAACUGAUGAACAAUCAUCUGAGGUCACCAAUGUUCUUUUUGAGACAGUGGAAAAAAACUCUCAAAACAUAAAGCCUUCUAUUGGCAAGAAGCAUUGCGCAGAAGAAAUACCGCAACUGGUCCCUAUUGACGAGCAAACACCUGCAAAGAAGGCAAAAUUACAAAAAUUACAAGGCGUAGCCCACACCACACCUAAGCCAGUUGAUGAAAACGAGACCCCAGUUGGUAAAAAACCGCAGCAAAUAAAACACAAAAAAAUGCAGAAAACGCCUAACAAGAACCUAGGAAGUCUCAAACCGCAAACUCCGGGUAAAAAAGGGAAAGGCCUUCAGAUAUCAAAACCAGAAGUGAAAGAAAAUGAAUUUUCUUUGGAGAAAAUUGCGCGAAAGAAAACAGCUAAAAAACCUGAGAGAAAGUCGCUCGGAGCCCCGAAGACAAUGAAUACACCCAAACAGAAAAAAAAGCAAAAGAUUCCGCAGUCUGUCUGAGUUUUACCCCUGUAUAUUUGAGUAGUGUAAAUCUUUUAUUCAAAAACUGCUAGUAAAUUCUUUACGAUGCAAAGUGGUCGGUUUGAAUUUUUUUUUAUAAUAACUGUUCAGGUGUACGUGACGCGGUUUAAUAAUGUAAAUUAGAUCUUUCAUUGAUAACCAAUAACGAUGAUAACAUCACUAUCAUCGGUGUAUCAAUCCUGGUAAUAAAGAAUGUUAACUAAUUAUUGGUGUAAUCAAAAAUAUACUUUGAUCUUCGUGUCUGUAUUUUUCAACGAACGACAUAACCAGCUGUCUCUCCUUGAUACAUGUUUUCCUUCGCCCAUCAGCCAUUUUCUCCUUAAAGGACAUUGUGUUAGUGUGAUUCUGUGUCACAGUCUAGGCAAUAAUUUAAUGCUUUAACUAUGUCUUAGAAACAUAGAAACAGAAAAUAGGUGCAGGAGGAAGCCAUUAGGCAGUUUGAGCCAGCACCUCCAUUCAUUGUGAUCAUCCACAAUCGGUAACCCCAUACCCCUUGAUUCCACUAGCCCCUUGAGCUCUAUCUAACUCUCUUUUAAAUUCAUCCAGUGAAUUGGCAUCUACUGCCUUCUGUGGCAGGGAAUUCCACAAAUACACAACUCUCUGGGUGAAAGUUUUUUUUCCAUCUCAGCUUUUAAUGGCCUCCCCUUUAUUAUUAGACUGUGGCCCCUGGUUCUGGACUCCUCCAUCAUUGGGAACAAUUUUCCGGCAUCAAGCUUGUCCAGUCCAUUCUAUAACGUUUCUUUAAGAUCUCCUCUCAUCCUGCUAAAUUCCAGUGAAUACAAGCCCAGUCUUUCCAAUCUUUCCUCAUAUGACAGUCCUGCCAUCCCGGGGAUUAACCUCAUGAACCUACGCUGCACUGCCUCAAUGGCAAGGAUGUCCUUCCACAAAUUAGGAGACCAAAACUGCACACAAUACUCCAGAUGUGGUCUCACCAGGGCCCUGUACAACUGCAGAAGGACCUCUUUAUUCCUAUUCCUAUACACAAAUCGUUAUGAGAUCGAACAUGCCAUUAGCUUUCUUCGCUGCCUGCUCUACCUGCAUGUUUACUUUCAGUGACUGGUGUACAAGGACACCCAGGUCUCGUUGCACUUACCUUUUCCUAAUCUGACACCAUUGAGAUAAUAAUCUGCAUCCUUGUUCUUACCGUCUAAGUGGAUAACCUCACGUUUAUCUUUUUGGUUUUUGUCUUUGUACCUCCGUGGAAGAGGCUUACAGAUAACUCAGUACAGUCAGCUGUCCAUUGCAAAGAACAAAUGACAGUGUAAUCAAAACCGAUGCAGAAUAAGUACAUUUGCAAAAGAAUGGAUGUUCCUUAAAUUUUAAUAUCAACUGCAACAAAAUUGUACAAAAACAUUUCUCAUGUCUGAAUGUGAAUCAGAUUGUUCAAUUUUAGUGAUAUCUUAGUGUAAUAGGGAAAUGCAUUGCAAGAUUUUUAUUUGAUUUCCAAUGCACAAGAUUGCAAUGCUCUUUAAUAUAUGCCCAUAUUUGUAUUCAAUUUGGCUCAUCUUCAUUGUAGUUGCCCUGUGAGGAACGUUUGCCAUGAGAACAGUCAAUUGAAAUAUAAACUCAUGUCACAAGUUUGUUUAUUAAUAGUAUAUUGGCCUUCAGACAUCAAAUAAAACUUUUUUUAAAUUGUA